AUGUCGUAUGCACCUCAAUGGCCCACCAAUGUCACACCGCAUGGUAUUUCGCCAAACCAAGUGUCUCCCCAGGGCGAAAUUUUGCAAAAUUCGGCCAGCAUGAAUCACAACGGAGUCUUGUAUGGCGCGUUCAAUCCAAAUACUCUGCGUCAACAUGCUUCUCAAUUGCAUAUCCCCAUGGGUUCUACACAACCUGGCGCUGUUCGUGGUGCCCUUCUCUCUUCUCACGCAUUUCAAAUGGCUCACCCAGGCUCGCACAACAUCUCUCCAGGUCCAUACAUCCCCACGCCAAACGGCCUGCAACUGGCGGCAUUUUCUGCUGGCAUUACUAGCCCGCCCGGUAUUACAAAUCCGUCAAUGUGUUCAUUUGCCCACCCAUCUAUGCAGCAUGCGUCUCAGCAGCAACCUAAUUCGCUGGGUCCUGUGCAGUUCCGGAGUUACGAUUCUCUCAAGCAUUUUGGAGCUUUACCUCAUCCACAGUUGGCUCCCGUUGUGUUUCACUCACCUCUGCCCUUUCUCGUUGCAUCAGGUUCCGGUUUCAUUGAUUGCGUCUCGGAGGAGGAUGCCAUAAAGGCAUUGAAUCACCUUUCUGAAUUAGCCCGGAGUGGCGGUCGCAAGCUCAAUAAUCUGCCGCGCACCGGUUUUACCAAGGAGACCUUGGAGAACCUCUUUCGACCCUACGGUCAAGUGACAUCUGUAAAGCUCUUGGAAACAGAUGGAAAUUACACUGGCAUAGGAUUUGUCAGGUUUGCUUCCGCAGAGCAAGCCCAGCGUGCUGUGGAGAGUAUGAAUGAGGCGCGCUGUGUGCUGGCGGAUAGCCCCGGUGGCGGC